UGCUUUGCUCUUUCUUUCUUUUUUUGAUAAGAACUUUGCGCUGUUCUUCGGCCGGGUGCAAACAAAAGCCAGGAUGCGCCUGCAAGGGAAAGCUCCAUUGUCUUCUUCCUCUCCUCUUCUCCAAUCGGAUCCGCAAGGUGCUGCCAGAGGUGAUCCGUGGACUGCAGGUCUGCCGCUAUGGGCAAUUUGUGCUGCUGUGUUCAAGUUGAUCAGUCUACCGUGGCCAUCAGGGAGCAGUUCGGGAAGUUUGACAAUGUGCUUGAGCCAGGAUGCCACUGCCUGCCUUGGUUCCUUGGGAAACGUGUAGCUGGUCAUCUCACACUCAGGCUGCAGCAACUGGAUGUGCGCUGUGAAACUAAGACAAAGGACAAUGUGUUUGUCAAUGUUGUCGCAUCUAUUCAGUAUCGAGCUCUGGCUGGCAAAGCAAGUGACGCGUUCUACAAACUGAGCAACACAAGGUCCCAGAUUCAAGCUUAUGUCUUUGACGUGAUCAGAGCAAGUGUCCCAAAGCUCAUCCUGGAUGAUGCUUUCGAGCAAAAAAAUGAGAUAGCCAGGGCUGUGGAGGAUGAACUUGAGAAGGCCAUGUCGGCUUACGGCUUUGAGAUCGUGCAGACCCUCAUUGUCGACAUCGAACCAGACGAGCACGUGAAGCGUGCAAUGAACGAGAUCAAUGCAGCUGCGAGGCUGAGGAUGGCCGCGAACGAGAAGGCAGAGGCGGAGAAGAUCGUGCAGAUCAAGCGUGCCGAGGGUGAGGCGGAGGCCAAGUACCUGUCCGGCCUCGGCAUCGCUCGGCAGCGGCAGGCGAUCGUGGACGGGCUGCGGGACAGCGUGCUGGGGUUCUCCGUGAACGUGCCCGGGACCACGGCCAAGGACGUGAUGGACAUGGUGCUCAUCACCCAGUACUUCGACACCAUGAAGGAGAUCGGCGCGUCGUCCAAGGCCUCGUCGGUGUUCAUCCCGCACGGCCCCGGUGCGGUGCGCGACAUCACCACGCAGAUCCGCGACGGCCUCCUCCAGGGCGCGGCCACCCAGCACUAGCCUCACCCUCACUGGACUGGAGCAGCUUGGAGUGGACUCAAUCACAGCCGGUUUUUUACCAGCUACCGUAUUAUAGAGUUCCAUAUGAUAUGAUGCAUGUCUAUAUUGUCGCGUUUUCUUUCCAUCUGGAUCAUGUGUGGAAUGCUAUGCUUUACAAUGGUGAUGCGUGCUGACAACUUUGUUGUAAACUUUUAGAAACUGAAAACUGGUGGGAUUGCAGCAUGAGUUUGCAGUA